GCGAAGAACCAACUCGUGCCCGACACCCGCAAGCGGCCACGACCUUCCCCGACUCCUCCGAGCCCCUGUCCUGCUGCCCUUGCAAGGAGCCGUCUUGCCAUCUUUGAAUGGCAGAAGGAAGAGAGCGCGACUGAGCCAUCGAUCGAAAAGGCUGAGGACCACGUCGUGGUCGAAAGUGAGGACUUCUUUGUCAGCGAUGCUGUCAAAGAUUGUGCUAAAAGACUCCGGCGCUCCGAACGGGAGUUUGCCGUGGAUCAUGCCGACCUACACGCGGCACAGCCAUGGUGCGAGCACCUAACUGUAAAAGAAGCCGCAAAAUUGGUGGGUGUGCCGGCAGAGGUCACCGACGAGGCCGAGGAGAAGCACAUCGCCUGCAUUGAAGAGCUGGCGACGGGACUCAACCCGAAGAAAUUUACCCUGACAGCUGUUUCACAGAGGACCAAGAACGUUUCCGGCUACGAGCUCACGAUCGGACAGCUCAAGGUUGAUCGCCCGCACCAGGGCAAAGGCUUAGGCGGCCUUCUGCUUGAAGCCGCAGAGAAAAGGGCCGUGAAGCUGGGAUGCCCCCUCUCCAGGGUGAAGCUGAGUGUGCUGGAGACCAACGAGAAAGCGCGGCGCUGCUACACCAAGGCCGGCUUCAAGCUGUACGCAUCGUCGCCGUCCUCAUUCCCACCAUGCAGUUGCGGGGAUGAUGACCCCUGUAAUCAUGCCAAGAUUAGCUGGCUCCGAAUGCAGAAAUGCACGUCUUGA